GAUUCUUGCUAUUCUUCCCAAAUCAAUCCAAUCACCCUAAUAAAGCCCAUCCGUUGAAGCCCGCGUAGACCCUAUCUCUCCUCUCUCUCUCUCUCUCUCUCUCUCUCUUCUUGUCGUCCCUGUUCGGUCUGUGUUUUUAUUUUGUGUUUCUGCGAAGGUGGUGAAGAAGAUCAAUCAAGGAUUCAGAACCCCUUCUCUCCUCUCGCAUACGACACGACACAACGCAACGCAACACGUUUUCAGUCCCUUCUUACUCCACUUUUGACCAUUUCUUUCUUUCUUUGACUUUCUUCACCCAUUCUCACCCAAUUUGGACCCCCAAAUCAUUGUUUUUCGAUUGGGACCAAAGUUUUGAAAUUUUUCGUUGAUUCUUUUCGAGCACCAAGUUAAUCGUGAUCUGGGUACUGCUGGAACGCGGAUUUGGGAACAAAAAGGACUUUGAUUCGCUAACCCUAGCUUUGGAUUACGUCGAAAUAUCCGAAAAAGGUAGGAUUUUUCGUUUCCCCUUUGGCCCUUACUGAGAUGAAACGGAUUUGGGGAAAGAAACGAUGAUUGGGAAACCCUAGUUUGUGUUUGGGAAUCGGAAAUUCAUGGAACCGCCAUUGUCGAGCUUAGUUCUUGUGGUGUUUGGCUUGUUGAUUUCCGUUUUCGCUCUCCGCGUCGACUCACAGCCCUCGGGAGAUGGAUCGACCAGUCGUAAACAGCCACCGCCUCCGGUUGUAGCCUCUCAUUCUCCACCGCCGCCGUCGCCGCCGCUUCCACCAUCACCGCUGCCACCUCCACCAUCACCGCCGCUACCUCCACCACGGCCUCCUCCUCCUAGUUCGCCGCCACCACCGCCAUCGCCAUUUCCCCCUCCGGCGCCCCCGGCUCAGGGCCCUGCAAAACAGCCGAAUGCAAAGAACGAAUUGAACAGAAAUAGAUCGGCGCUGCCGCCGCCGCCGCCGUCGCCGCACAGAAAAUCUAGUCAUGAGGGGAGAAAUAGUGCACCGAGUCGGCAUCCACCGCCGCCGCGACGUAAAAGCAAGAUCAAUGCCGGGAAGAAGGUUGGGUUGAUGUUUUCUGGAAUCGCGGCGAUUCUUCAGAUUGGGGUGAUUAGCUUCUUGGUCUUCAAGAGACGGCAGCUUCUAAAGGUCACCAACAGAUACGAAACUUGUUCUUAAGGUUUUAUUACUGUUGUUUUUCUUCCAUGAAUCGUCCAGAUUUCUCAUCAAUUCUUUGAACUCUGCUGGAGCCUAUUUGUGGGUUUGAGAUUAUUCUUUUGAGGGAGAACGUUACUGCGCCGGAUUUGAUUGAACUCUGAUUCAUUAGUGAGCGGCGGGAGCAUCUUGAUUGGUGGUUAUUGGAGAAUCGGUUACUUCAUUUUGUUCAUCGCAUUUGUUCUGUAAAUGGGUAAUUGUUGAUUUGACAUUUUCUUCAUUUUGCUGUAUGUUGACUUUUCGUUUCUGUUCAUCGUUUGGUUAUUUAGCCUAAAAAUUAUCACACGGCUUAUUAUCCCAAAAAAGAAGAGACCCAGUUCAGCCUAUUGUGUUAUUAUUAGUUCAUGCCUUUUUCUUUCUUUUUUUAUUUUUCUGCUAACCUUUGUUAGUGCAAGUGUAUUACAAUGUUAGAUAUAAUGAAAAGAUCAAGGGUUACAGUGAUAA